CCGGGCCUGUGUCAUACCCAAUAUCCCAGACGCACAUUUAUGGCGUCAUUUCACAUGGUGUAGUUCCUUCUCCGGUUGGUCCACCAGAAACUUUAGUAGACAUGGCUAAAAACAGAUCAAAAGGGCAGAAGCAGAAAAAUGUCUUUCAAGUAGCCAAUAAAAACUCUAAACCAAAAAAUAAAACAAAGCCUGUUGCAACAAGCCUUAAAAGGAUAAAAGUUGGCAAUAGCGACAAGGUCGACAACAUGAAUAAAAUAUUUACAGAAGUACAAAGGGAAGUCAAGAGCAUAUCAAAAUGCACAGCCCAGGAACCAACACAGCAGCUUCAGGUCACAAAACCAGCACCUGUCGAAAUCCUCAACAUGGAUGCAACUGCCCAGCUGUUUUCUCAGUUAUAGCAAAUCUUAGAAUAAUAAUUGACAAGUGUUGAUUCUCAGAGACAUAGGAUUUAUUUAAUGCACCCGUGUGUCAAACUUUGGUCCAAUUAAAAAAAAAAAAAAUUAAAACAAAUCUGCAAAAAAAAAAGUCAA